GGUGGCCAGCCUCCUGUCACGUACGGCCACGCCUCCCCGGGAGUCCGGAGCCGGAGACAGGCGCUGGUCCUAUUAGCGUUUUAUAACAAAGCGGAGCUCGGAGUGCGAAAGAGUCUAGACCGCAAAGGACAUAACUUCAGACGGAUUCACUAAAAUAAACGCUCUUGCAAACCUAAAUAUAACGGUCCAGGUAUUUAUUGGGACAGAUGGCUGUAGAAUGCAAACGGCGCUUGGGACGGGAAUAAAUAGUCCAUCUAUUGGACAGCUUUGGUUUUCCAUACGUUUUCAGCAAAUGCAGGCAAAUGACUUUUAUUAGAAAAUAACGGGCACAUUUUAUCUUCUGAAGUUGUUUUGACUGUUUUCUAGCCAAGGGAUUCUUUUUGCUUAUUUGACAGUCAUUUUGUUUUAGAGAAUUCAGACGGGGUUUUGUUGUUAACUGGCUGUUUGCACUUGCUGGGAAGGCAACAGACAAAUGCCUUAAUACGAGCAUAUGUGCUGGAACCGACCGGAGAGAUGGAGCCCGCAAAGAACCAAGAGGUCAAAGGGGAUAAUCCCCUGAAGACGGACAGGAGGUUCAUGCUGUGGUAUAUGGGAUGGUCUUCUAUGGACAAACGGACUACGCUGCCUAUGCUUCCGUGGCUGGUUGCGGAGAUCCGACGGAGAGGCGAGAGAAGCGCCGUGGGUCCGGCUCAGCCCAGGGAAGUAGAGCUGACCGUUGCACCGCCUUUCAUACGAUGCGUCCCGGCCAGAUCCAGCAACAUUUCCGUGUUUAUCUUCGAGCAUAAAGCGCAGUUUAUAUCAAGGUUCAUUCACAACAGCCAAGACCACACGUACUUCGCCUACCUUAUUCGGAGCCAACCCGACGACCCCGAGUCAGAGAUGGCAUGCCAUGUUUUUAAGGCGUGCCAUCCCAGCCAGGUUCCAGAGGUCAUCAGCAGUAUCAGGCAGGUGUCCAAGGCUGCACUUAAGGAGGACGCCAAGGCCAAGUGGAAUGGCGAGGAAGCCUUCUACAACUCUCAGAAGUUCGAAGUGCUGUAUCGCGGCAAGGUGACGGUGCCCCACAAGAAGGUGCCCUCCACCCUAAUCGACGACUGCAUCCAUAAGUUCCAGCACAAGGUGGAGCAAAAGGAUGUCUGCCGAACGAAGAGCCAGUGUGAUUCUGUGGAUUCCUGUGUCCAGUUCGUUGUGGGAAGUGAUGGGGAUGGUAGUGGGGAGGAGGACACAACAGACGACAGGCCGGCUGAGGAGGGCAUGACGGGGGAGAAGGACCUUUAUGGAAGCCCUAACCUGGGUGGUCUUCAAGAAGCCUGCAUUCUAGAAGACCCGGGGCCAGGUGCACAUAAGCAGUUCCGUGUUAGAUGUAAUAGUCUGAAGCCCAAGAAGGGGGCGGCAGAGUCUCCUAUACGCAGGAGGCAUGGCAGCGCCCCUAGUCAGGUGCAGCCGUCUGACGCAGAGAAGAACUGCACCAUGCUCUUCCAGGUUGGACGCUUUGAAGUGAAUCUCAUUAGCCCUGACAGCAAGACUGUAGUGCUUGAAAGGAAUUUCAAAGAAAUUUCUUGCUGUUCACAGGGAAUUAAACAAACGGAUCACUUUGGGUUUGUCUGCCGUGACCCUGGGGAGCCUGGUCCCAGUCAGUACGUGUGCUAUGUGUUCCAGUGUGCCAGUGAAUCUCUGGUGAGCGAAGUGAUGCUGACUCUGAAGCAGGCCUUUUGCACGGCUGCCACCCUACGAAGCACCAAGACGCCGGUGAAGCUGUGUGAGGCCUGCCCCAUGCACGGCCUGCACAAGCUCUGCGAGAGAAUCGAAGGUCUUUACCCCCCCAGGGCCAAACUGGCCAUUCAGAGACACCUCUCCCAGCUGACUGAUAAGGAACAGUCUGAUAUCUUCGAAAGUGUUCAGAAGAUGAAGCCUGCCGCUGACCAAGAAGAGAAUGAGCUGUUGAUUAUCCACCUGAGGCAGCUGUGUGAAGCUAAGCAGAAGGUUCACUUGCAUAUUGGAGAGGCUCCCCAGGAUGGCCCAAACGGCAGUGUGUCAGACACUGCUGUGUCUGGUGCUCGCUUCACACUGGACGCACUGAAGACCAAGGCCCGCAGCUCCCUGACCAGCUCCCUGGAGAAUAUCCUCUCAAGGGGAGCAAGUCGAGUGCGAGGACGCCUGGGAAGCUUGGGGAACAUCGGUAGCUUCGAUCACAUGGAAAUCUCAGGCAAUUCCCCUCCUGGAACGCCCUGUCCAACCUCUCCAUCUAAUUUUGAGGAAGACACAGAUGACCCACAGUUCCGACAGCGUUCUCAGACCCUCGGGCACCUGCCCGGCAAAAAAAGGAUUUCCUUCAGCGAGGGCCAGCCUCACGUCAAGGCACCGCUCCGCAGACAACAAUCUGUGGCCCCUGAGCUUCUCCGCUGCAGUAACACUGAGGGACAGAGGAAGACCUCUGUGGGGUGCAGCAGUGACUCCUCCAAUGCUGAUAUUGCCCCGGUAACCCUGCGGAAGGUCUCCUGGCGCCAGAAGAUCUUCCUCCAGGUGGCCUCACCGACGAACAAGCCUUCAAUAGGUGCAGACGGCCUGGCUGACAGGGAGCUUCUGCCUCUGUCUCCUCAUGCCACACCUCAGGACCACGACUCCUACGGCCGCCAGCUGCCCUUUGACCUUGGGCUCUCUGCGGGAGGAGCGCAGCACUCCACAUCCAAGUAUCGGCUCUUGUGGAGAUGGGCCAUCCAUCAGCAGGUCCUGCUGCUCCACAUGGAGAAGGAGGACAAGCAUCUGGAAGCCAGCAGAGAUGAGCUGCAAGUUCAGAAUAUGAAGCUCAGCUACGAGGAAGUUGGCCAUUGUCCCGAGGACUUACUGACCCUGUGGGAAACUAAACUGGCCGCUCCCUGUUUAGCCAAGGUCCGGUGGAGCAGGGAGGAAAUCCAAAGUACAGUCAGCCAUGGUGUCCCCAAAACCCGACGGGGGGAGGUGUGGUGGCUUCUGUCCCAGCAGCACCGACUGGCUCACUGGCUCCCCUCCCGGCAGCAGCCCCCAGACACCUCGUACCAGGACCUGCUGAAGCAGCUGACUGUCCAGCAGCACGCCAUACUGGUAGACCUGGGGCGGACCUUCCCCGCCCACCCAUAUUUCUCCGCCCAGCUGGGGGCGGGGCAGCUGUCCCUCUACAACCUGCUGAAGGCCUACUCCCUGCUGGACGCGGAGGUGGGUUACUGCCAGGGCCUCAGCUUCGUGGCCGGCCUGCUGCUGCUGCACAUGAGCGAGGAGCAGGCCUUCGACUUGCUGCGCUUCCUCAUGUACAGCCUGGGCUUCCGAAGGCAGUACCGGCCUGACAUGGUGUUUCUGCAGAUGCAGAUGUACCAGAUCUCCCGUCUGUUGCACGACUACCUGCGCGAGCUCUUCAGCCACCUGCAGUGUCACAAAGUGAACCCCUGCCUGUAUGCCGCUCCCUGGUUCCUCACCAUCUUUGCCUCUCAGUUUCCCCUGGGCUUCGUGGCUCGCGUCUUUGAUGUCCUGUUUGUCCAAGGCCCUGAAGUGGUCUUCAAGGUAGCCUUGUGUCUCCUGCAGAGGCACGAACGUAACAUAAUUGAGUGUGACAGCUUUGAGACCAUAGUGGAUUACCUUAAAUCCACCAUGCCUAACCUUACCAUGGCGCAGAUGGAGCAAAUCGUCUCUCAGGUCAUGGAAAUGGACAUUUCCAAACAGCUUCAUGCAUAUGAAGUUGAGUACCAAGUGCUCCUGGAAAUGUCAGAGACUUUGCCGCUACCUGAAGACCUUGACCACCUUGACAAGCUGGAGAAAACCAAUGUUCACCUAAAGAAGCAGAAUUUGGACCUGAUGGCGAAGCUUCAGACUGCCCAUGUGAAGGCCCAGACUUUGGAGGCUAACGUGGAGAAGUUUGUGGUGCAGGAGUCCAAGAUGCAGCAGAUAAUCCGCACUCUAGAACAUGAGAAGGCCUUUUACCAGAGGAGUGUGGAGCGUCUCCGAAGCCGGCUGACACCAGGGACGGCGGCGGAUGUGGAGCUUAUUGCCAUGUCAUCCGGCUCGAAUGGGCAACUCAAAGCAAGACAAAAGUGACCAUGACUCAGAGGCACAGCUCUUGCAUUACAAAACGGGCAUUAAUUUAGAGUGGAGCACAUUCACAUUCCGGAACAAGAGUAGUUAUAAGUCCAGAUGAUUAACAUGUUGGCCAGCUGCUCUGAUGUGUCAUAGGAGAUGUUCUUAUCAUUUGUAACUGGUGCUAUGUUCUGCUCCUCUUCUUCUCCUUCAUUCUUGUUCUUCUUGGGGCCCUGUGCUGGCUUAUGUUAUUCGCUACAAGCCAAAAUAUUUGCAUAUUCUGUAGUCGCACCUAUUUUUCGUGAUGGAUAUCCCAGCAUUUUUGGUAGGAUAAUGUAGUUUGGGCUUGUGACAUUUUGUAUUAUAAAUAUGGAGCAAAGUGGUAUGGACCAGAUGAAGUUGAGCAUGACCCCAGUGCUGUGGAGCUUCAGUACCAGAUCUCUGGCUGCACUCACAGUGACAUGGCAGGAAGUAGGUUCUCCACUGUGGAGAUGUUGCACCAUAACUGGCUCUUCUCAGCUGCAGCCUGUUGCCCCUAUGCUGAAUUCGAGUCUCUUCUUGGGGUACUGACCAGCCUGCACCUUCAUUGAAAAUACUUGAAAACUAGAUGAAUGUAUUUGCCGUCCAAAGGAAAGUGCAUUAUAUGACAAGAGAAAGCAUUUUAAAGAAUGAUAAAAAAAAAUGUAUUAAUCCUAGCUGUUGAACUUUGAACCAAAUUUUACUUCCCAUUUGAUUGAAGUAGCAAAGCUGUUUGCCCAAAGUCUGUCUAGACUGUUUACCGGAUGGUUUCCUGUGUGAAAAACCAAAGUGCCCAUAAGGUGCGAAGUCUACUAAACACCUUGCAUUCACUUUGGGCUGAGAAGCGGUCCCACGUUAGCAUAGCAUAGUACAGCAUAGUCUGAAUUCUUGUGAUUGCAUCCAUUUGCAGUGGUAAGGAGACUGUAGCACUUGUGUGAUUUUUAAUUUAUUUAUUUAUAAAUUUUUUCCCCCAGUUGCUUUGAGUUAAAAACAUCUCCACUGUUUAUGCACGUGAACCUAGAAUUUCGAUGUAUGCACGCAGCAUAGGCACAUAUGUGUGAGUAAACAGUAUGCCACAUCUGUGCUGCUCACACUGGACAGAGUGUUACUGAAGCGAAUGAUCUUUGCUGUGAGUGGAGUUUCAUGUCAUGUCAGAAAAGAUAUCUUAGUGUCUUGUGAUUCUUUUCUCUUUCACGUGAAAGAGAUGGGUCAUCUCUAGAAAAAAGUAAAACCACAAACCAAUAUAUCAAAUGCAUUUGCAUAAGCUGCUUAUAAACACAGAGAAGAAAGCAUUUAUUAUAAUGACUAUAACUUACUACGCUUAAAAGAAAAACUUAAUAGCAUUCUUUGAAAUAUGGGUAAUUUUAUUUAUUUUGAUUUUCAGAAUGAUUUUUCUCUUCACUUUCAUAAGCAACUGAUCUUAUUACUGGCAGCCUAUGCAGAUCGUAUGAUUUGUCAAGAAAUCUACAUUAGAUAAAACUUUAAGUAUGCUGUGGAAUUGUUUUUCGUAAACUGCAAACCGUAUGUGUUGUAGCUUCUGUUUGAUAGAUAUAUAUGUUUUAAAUUUUUUUGGAAAAAAAAUUGUACAGUUCUUAGUUUAGUCAGUCAGUUUGUUCUUAAUCUGUACACCUGUUAUACUGUACAGGCCGGUCGUCAUCUGUCAACAAAAAAAAGAUUUAAUAUAUGCUGUUGCUUACGUUUGUUGUUUUCAUUUUCAAGCUUUUAACUACAGCAGCAGAUGUCUUUUUCCUCAAUGCUCUGAAUAUAGGUUCCACCUCCAUGUGUAACAGCAUUGGUGAGAAAAAUGACUGAUCUUCUGCUUUGAGACAAGUGCUGGUUCCUUUUAAUUUCCUAAUGAAUGAAGGAAUGCAAUGAGGCAGCUGUGAGUGUCAACUGUGAGCAAGAGUAACAGCAGACUCUGUCUGAAAGGUGUUGUAAGGUGGAAGUGUUUUUUUUUUUUUGUUCAGGAAACUGUGGUGUAUAUGUGUGGACAGAACUGUGAUCUGCACUUGCAGACAAGACAUCGAUGAGAAACCAUGCAAAUGGCAGUUUGCAGGAAUAAGUAAUAACAGAGUACAUCGCAGCAUUUCCCAAACUAGAAGUCUAUUUGAAUGCAAUUUAGAGCAGUUUGGAAUCUGAGAAGUAGCUGCUUCAUUAUGCAUUAUUAUUGUUUGUGAGGCACCAAUGCAGCCUUGGAGUUAGUCAGCUGUCUUACCACCUUUGCAGUAAAAACUACUAUUAAAUAACAGUUAUAAAAAAAAAAAGUAAGAAUAAUAUUUUAAUCCAGGGUAAUAAGAUAUGGCUACCCCCACAGUGCGGGACUGACCUUCUUUGCGUCGUUUAGGGACUGGCAGAGUAACGGUUAAGCCGAAUGAGGUGAGAGUGCUCGAGGAUGGGACCCGUGAGCUGCAGCUCUUCAGGCUUUUACUUAUAACCCUCUACGUUGCUGCGUUUGUUCCACCAACUCUCCACUGUCCACUGUCACUGUCCUUUUAGCUGCCUUCUUUAGCUCAUUUGUUUACCUCGAUUUUUAGUGAUUCAUUGACAGAAAUGUAUUCCUUUUAUAAGCAACUUACUGAUGCUUUUGGCUUUUCUGUUGAGGUUACAGUUGUACUUAUAGAGAUCAUCAAGUGUGGAAAUAUUUACUCAGCAUAGUCUGGGGCCUGGAUCACGAAACAAGAUUUGUUGGUUAGCUGAAGACCUGUUGGGUUUAAGGUCCCCCAGUUCAAAUGGACUUUACAGUAUGUGCAUCUGCUUACAUUUAGCCCAAAACAUUGUAAAUCCAACAAGUUAACUUGCAAACCCAAAAAUCCAGCCUGAUGAUCUCUUAAAAAAACCAUCAGCGGAAGCACUGAGUCAAAUCAGACUGCAAAUCGAGGUCAACGCUUAAGCUCUCAUUGGCUGGAAGAACCUGCAGAGGGCAUUUCAGUCUCUCCCUGAACAUGGGCUUUCCAGAUAACAAUAAGAUGUUGCUCUGUGUUUGGCGAGUGAACAGAAUGGAAUAUCUAAAGAAAUAAAGUGCAGUGAUGUCGAGGCUCCUGGGAGAUGUUCUUAUUUUAGUCUAUGAAAGGGAAAAUGUCUAUAGAAGCAGAAUGAUUUUUUUUCUUGGACUAGUACAGGUUCUGCUUGUUAUUAAUACAAGGAGGUGAUGGAGAACAAGGUAGUUGUUUGCAUCAGUCAUGUUGCAAGCUCUCUGCUUUGGAAGUUAUUCCUUUCAGCUGCUCGCAGUUUGUGAUAUGCAGUGUUUGCAGUAUGAGGAAGUCCAGUGAUUGGGCCCCAGUGAGCGUACAGCUCUAGCAGCUGCACAGCUGAUGCUCUCAGGGAGACUGGCUGCUUUCACAUUGGCCUGGAUAUUCCUCUCUGGCCACUAUAGCCCCUCCUGGUGUUCUGCUGCUCACAUAUAGAUUGUGCUAUAUUUGUUAGUUGAGCAUAUUUGCCUUGUUGAAAUCAUGACCAUUUCCACUAUGAAGUAUAUGUAAUAUAAUAAUGUUAUGGUGUAUAAUAUCUGGUAUGGCUAAAGGAAUCACAGAAAAAAAUCAUGUCUUAACUAGAUGCCAGUGGUUGCCGUGAUGACUGCAGAAAGGGUCCAGUGUUGGAGAUGUCACUGAUGAAUGUCAGGGGUUAAAUUGCCUACUUUUCAUCUAAAUAGUCAAAAGAAAACAACAGACUUCAGUGACCGUAAAAGAUAUUUACCCUUGCUGAUGUAAUAUGUUAGUCAGCAAAACCGUUAAACAGAAAUGGCAAAAAGCAAAACUUUUGAAGAAAUAUGUUGCGUGUGAACAUGUAAGCAGCGAUAUGGGUAUCGCACGUAUCACAGCGAGUGGAAGAGCGAUUGAGAUCACGUAUGUGAGAUCUGCAUGGUGGCCCUUUUAAUGAGCACAUCUUCCAGCUCACUGGAACCACAGAGACUGUUAGCCUAACAGCUCAGUGGGCUGUGGAAGCUGAAUGGAGCCUUUCAGUUCUGCUGCUCGUCUCCCUGGGGGUGAGAGACCGGUUGCCAUGGUUAUCCCGGAUUCCUGCAGCUAAUGGGUGGGAGUUGUGUAGCUCUGGCAACCUGUUCUGUCUGGGGUGGAAUAUGAAGAGUGCUGGGUGUGCGGUGGCUGUGUUCUGGGACACCGGAGGUCACACACAUCGCCUGGCCGCCUUCCCUUCCCCGGCCCUUUAUUUUCUGUCUGCCAGCAGCUGCUAAUAUGAUCUGGUGGUUUGGCACAAGAGAAUUGCGGUAAUUGGAUUAUACUUUACCAGCCGUUCGGUAAUCUUACCACCAACAGUGACCACAUUGCUAGUAAGAGCCUUUACUACAUGCAUAUAAUUGGAUGAUAUUAGAAUACAUUUCUUGACAGCCCAACCUUUGCUUGUUUCUCCUGUAGUACCUUUGGAAAUAUUUGCCUUUCUGUGGACCAAUUGUCUGUGCAACAAUUUAAGAUAUGAAUAUUAGGGCGAUUUGUAGAAAUCCGCUUCUUAUUGAAACCUUGCCAUUUACGGUACCAAUUCUUCUGGGCCAUGUGUUGCUGAAUUCAUCAUUCAUACUCACACUCAGAAGUUAAUGGGCAGAUUGCUUUUUUUUUUUUUUAACUAAUGUUCUGUCUUUCUGGUCCUUUCUAUGAUAGAUAUAAUUAUGAUUUGUCAUGUCCUUUCAAUUUUCCCGCAGUAAAUCUUUCUGUAAUUGUUUGUAAACAGCUGAGCCUAUAUAUGCUGAAUCUCAGCAUAUUCUUUAUAGGAACGGCUGCGAGAUUUCCUUCUGAACGGUGCUCAGAAAGCAAGAGCUUCUUGUUAAUUCUGUCAAUGAUUAGGACGAAGGAAAUAAUGACACAUAUUUGAAAGCCCAGCCGAGCGGGCGGUGAUUAGUAGCCGUGUAUAAUGUCUGCAAUAUGUCUGUUACUAAGAAUUUGGAAAUCUUCUAACCCUUUACAGCUGCAGUGUUGAAAUAAGCAUUGAUAGGCUUCAGGGGGAAUUUGGUAACAUUCUAAUGUAGAAUUUACAAGUUUAAAAUAUACAAAUUAUCAUUGUGUCAUAUUUGUGAUGUGGCGAGAUGAGGACUUGGUAGUUGAUGCCCUGGAUAUCAGAUGGAGAGAUUAUGGUUUCCUGGAGGGACUCUGCAUUAACGCAGUAUAUAAAGUAUAAAACCUUGAGCUAUUUAAAUGAUAUGCAAAUGAAUGGUAAAAUAGCUGAUAACUUUAGACGGGCAGAAUUGAAAAGUCACAGAACUGGCUUUGCCAAGCAACACAGAUGUUUAACUUUUGUGGUACUGAGCUUGAUGUCAUUCUUGGAGCUUGAGUUGGAGAAUCCUUGGAGGAAUUCAUUUUCCGCAACUUUCCGGACAAUUUAGUACAUUCUGCUAUGUAUAUUUAUGAAUUUUGCAAUACAUUACAGAAGACAUAUUUUCAGGGUCACUUACGAGUACAGUAACCAGGGCUUCCCAGCACUCUGACUUUGCAGGAGGUUGGCGUUGCACUUGAUUGCACUUGAGUCCUACAGAUUGUGAGUCUCUUGAACCACCAGACUGCCUUUGGGACAGUUGAGUCAUUGCAGACUCUAAUCCCUAUACUGCAUACCCUUUAACAACAGAGCACCGUCCACACCUUUCCAUUCAAAUAUUUAUAUAUAUACAUGUCGUUGUACAUUGAUGUUAAGUGCCAUUUUUUGGGAAGAGGGAUUUUCCGUACAUCGUUGCCUGUUUUAGUUUUAAUACUCUGCUACUGAUGCCGAUUUCUUGGCUUUCAUUUAAGAUCAAUACUGAGUCACAGCUGUGUUUGCCCGAAUAUAGCUUUCAGUGACUUGACCACAGCAAUGUCUACAUCCAUUAGGUGACGUCCACAGCAUUUGUACUUAAAGACAAUAUGCUUUUCAAGUACCAGGCUCCUGUUGCCUUCCAUGGAAAUGCUGAAAUAAACAAUUUAGAGACCAGCGAAACGACUUAGUGACCAUCAUGAGCUUUUUAAAUGAACUACAUAUAAAUCACUUCACAGUAAGAAGUGUCUCUGAUCCCAAUAACAGCGAGAUUGAAAGACUGAGAGUGUUGCUCUUGUGGCUUGUACCUGUUAAGUAUGUGAGAUUAUUCCAGUUUCAAGUUUCCGGCAAAGUAAUAACCUAUUAACAGGGGGUCUAAGCAAACAUCUGCUUUACAGUGUGGACUCCCUGUGCAAAUCAGACUUAGCAGAAAAUCCCUGCCCUUCUUACAUAACCAAUUUCCAGCCAAAACAUGUCACAGUGCAGCCCAUUCUCAAUGGCCAAAAUCUGAAAUUGUUAAUCAUAUUUAACUAUUGUGUAGCCCGUACUGUUGUUGUACCAGCCUGGUCCUCUCAAUAUCCUGGCAAUCUGAAUCUGCCAGGGUGUCCAUGCCCCGCCAAUGCACCGCCAAUCCCUGGACGGUGAGACACCUCUGGGAACUGUCCUGUCUCCCUGCCUGUUCACCCAUUUACACAACAGGUUUCCCCUACAACACCAGCUCAUCCCCCCCUACAGAAGAAGGCCGCUUGGAUAAUUGAGGAGAGUAUAGGAGUCUAGGAGAGCACUUUGCCAUGUGGUGCUGGGAGAACCAACUGCAGCUCUGCAUUGCCACCAAAAAGGAGGUGGUGGUGGAUUUCAGGCGUGCCAAGGGGCCCUUGAGAUCGGUCACCACCCAGGGGGAGGAAGUAGAGGUGGUACUGGGCUGUAAGUGCCUGGGAGGGUCCACUUGUUCAGCAAACUGGACGAGGUGAGCAACUUGACGACAUUUGGACAAGAAAGGCCAGCGCCGACUGAUUUUUGAGUAGGUUCAGGUGUUUUGAAGUUUGAGGAUGUUCUAGCGGUCCAUAGUGACUAGUGUACUUCUCGACGCUUGUUUUUCAAGUGAAGCAAAAUAAGUUCAGGAAAAACUCAUUGGGAAAUCCAGCUUCAUCACAGAACUGUCCCUAGAUCCUCUGGAGGCGAAACUGGUGAAUUUCACGAAUUGUUCUGUCCAUCCCUUGCACGGAGUGCUCUCCUGGAGCACCUUUUAAGCGUGCUUUUUCGCACCAUUAUGAGUUAAGAAGCAGUACUGGGGAUUGGUUGUGCCUGCCGGCAUAAAGCACUACAGUACCUCCCCCUGACAUACCUGCCCUUACCCCAACCAUACAGCAUGUCAGGACAACAUUUAUAAAUGGGUCAUGACGCCCUAUAUAACUAUGAAUGGUUAUGUGCAUUCAUGUGUAUGCUUUGGUGAUUCAUUUCCUAUCUAUUCACUUUUGCACAACUUUGUUUGCACUGUGUAUUGUCUUCUUACUGUGUAUUGAGUUUUUAACUCUUAGGUUCGUAUCAGUGCACUUUAUAAUCCUUUGCUGCUCUAUGCAACUGAAUUCACCAUCCAUCCAUCCCUUGCGAAUCCUGUUUGCAACCUAAGACAAAGCUUUGAGCGCAAGUCUGCAUAGUAAAAUAUAAACUGCAUUAUUUAAUGGUAAGACCCUCAUUCAUGCAAUGUCAAGAUGAUGGAUUAUAUGAAGGACGUCUUUUGUUGAUUUUCUGUUAUUGGCUAUAGGCGAUAGGUAAAUGAAUUCCAAAAGAAACACUUAAAGAUAAGUGCAGCGAGUCAUGUAGCCUUAGUUCAAGUGUAAGGCAGGCAUGUGUUUCUGACCUGCGCUUUAGUGAAAAGGCCCUUAAUUUAGCACUGCCUUUCCUCUUAUCUUACAUCUACAGGUUUGCUUUGCGGUACGUCAGAGCUUCCACAAUCUUUCCGAAUCAUUUUAGAUCACAAUGAGAUCAGUACAUCACGAAAGUGAAAUUUACUUCAUUCAUGGGUAUAUUUGGGAAAAUAACGGAAACCUCAAAGAUGGCUCCGACCGACCGACCAUCCAUCCAUCCAUCCAUCCAUCCAUCCAUCCAUCCAUUUCUCAGUUCCUUAUUCUGAGCUGGGCCAUGGGGAUGGCUUGGGCAUAUCUAGAAACGAGAUCUCUGCAGGCUCCUGCAGUCUUUCUUCAUGGUCACUCCCAGUGCAUGAAAUUUGUGAAUUGAUAAUUGAGCUGAUGCAAAAAAUACAUCACCCCCCCACCCCAAAACAAAUAGCUGUAAAAAUAGAUAUAUUGUCAAAUUCAAGAUACCCUGGUUUAAAUGGACAUUUUGCCUAGAUUACCUUAAAUCCGACAGGCUAUCCAGCUAAGAUAGAAACGUGGCUUUGUGGGAAGAUGGAUGGAUGGAUUUUUUGGAUUGUCACGUGUAACAGAAUACCAAAUGUAUGGUAUUGUUACGUAUCAAUGCCCCUUCAAAUUCGGUUAUGGAAGAUGGUUGAAUAUUUCAUGUUUCUGUAUCCUUUUCACAUGUAUGAUGUAACCCUAAGUGAGCUGUUCUUUGAGUCAAUAUUCUGAUGAACUUUGCCUUCAUAUCGUCGCUGUGUAUCACACUGAAACCUAAAAUGAGGUCUGCUGUUAGAACAUCAUUAUUUCUGUGUAGGGGAGACACACUCUGCCAGUCACACAUAAAUCAUGUGAGUAAAUUACAUAUGCAGUCGAUACUGGAUUGUGGUGUGUGUACUGAAUGUUAAAAGACUGUAGUGCCCUGUCCAUUGCUCGUCUCUGAGAAAACAUCUAGGUGCAGGCUGAUUAAAUUCAACCACACUUAGACCCCAAAUUCCUAUUUAAAAAAAAAAGAAAAACUGAAUUUGAAGGAGUUCUGCAUAGUUAAAUGAAGGAGAAUUGACAUCAGACUGUUUUUCUUUGCUGCACUCAGUGGUCUAGAGAAAGUAUUUUUCCCUCUGACAGGACAUUGUUUGGUGCAUGAGAGCCCAGAGUCCCUACAGUCUCCUACCCUAGACAUGCCCGGUCAUGUCACCGACAAACCAAAAAUGCUAGUUUCUGCCACUUGCGGAGUAUGAUGUGAAUUGUCCCGUGGAAAAAGCCAGAGAAAGCUGACCCUUACAGCAUACCCCCUGCAGAGUCUCAACUUCACAUCUGGAAUGUUUAUAAGAUGGUUUUGGCAGAAAGAUGAUGGAACUUUGGCCAUUAACUGUGGAAUGUGUUACGGCAGAGAGCAGCCUUAGUGAGCUGGAAUGCAGCGGUAUUCUCGGUUAUCUAAAGGUCCAGUCCACAAAGAAACUCACCAUGUUUUUGCUUUCAACAUCUAGCCAUUCUUCAUUUUGUCUCUUGUGAGUGCUGAGAGAAAUAAAAACCUCUCUAAAACCA